AUGAUUCGAAGCAUUGGUUUUCAAAGAAGGAUUGAUAUUUGGCUUAUUUGUUCAAUGAUAUUUGUAUUUGUGAAUAUGGAUAUUUGGCGCUCCAACUUAUUUCGUCUCAUUUUACCUCUUCUAUUCCACUCUCAUAGAAGAAUAGCAAAGAAAGAUGAAACUUCUUUGUAUGCAAUAAAUAUCAAACCAGAAGAAAAAGGAAGCAAAGAAUAG